GCGAAAACUUUGUCUUGCCGGGAAAAGAAGAAACACAGCGAACAGAACAGACGUGUAUACAAACGCAGCACCAUGGCGGAUUCAUCAGAGUCUUUCCACAUUGCCACCAGCCCCAGCCGCAGCUCUCGGCGGGGUGACCUGACCUCCAGCCCGGGGAGAGACCUCCCUCCUUUCGAGGAUGAGUCUGAGGGCCUGCUGGGAGAAAACAUGCCCGAUGAGGAAGAGGAGGGAGAUGGAGAAGAGCUCAUUGGAGACGGGAUGGAGACGGACUAUCGUGCCAUCCCAGAGCUGGAUCGGUAUGAAGAGGAGGGUCUGGAUGAUGAGGAGGACCUGAGUGAGCUCUCUCCAGGAGCCCGUGCCGCUGCUGAGGAGGCCAUGAGGCGAAGAGACCGAGAGCAAGGCAUGGGCCGCAUGGGGAGAGGCCUGCUGUACGACAGCGAGGAUGAGGAUGACGAGCGGCCAUCAAAGAGGCGUCGGCGUCUGGCCGAGCGUGCAGCUGAAGGAGCUGGCGCUGAAGGUGAGGAUGAGGAAAUGAUUGAGAGCAUUGAGAACUUGGAGGAUAUGAAGGGGCACACGGUGCGAGAAUGGGUGUCCAUGGCGGCCCCACGCCUGGAGAUCUACCAUCGCUUCAAGAACUUCCUCCGCACACAUGUGGAUGAGCACGGACACAAUGUCUUCAAAGAGAGGAUCAGCGACAUGUGUAAAGAAAAUAAGGAAAGCUUGCUGGUAAACUAUGAGGAGCUGGCCUCCAGAGAGCAUGUGCUGGCUUACUUCCUCCCUGAGGCUCCUGCUGAGAUGUUGAAGAUCUUUGAUGAAGCAGCGAAGGAGGUGGUGUUGGCCAUGUACCCCAAAUACGACCGCAUCGCUCAUGAGAUCCAUGUCCGUAUUGGUAACCUGCCGCUAGUAGAGGAGCUGCGCUCACUCAGGCAGCUGCAUCUGAACCAGCUGAUCCGCACUAGUGGUGUGGUAACCAGCUGCACGGGGGUGCUCCCACAGCUGGGAAUGGUCAAGUACAACUGUAACAAGUGUAACUUCAUCCUGGGCCCCUUCUUCCAGUCACAGAAUCAGGAAGUGAAACCAGGCUCCUGUCCAGAGUGUCAGUCGCUUGGACCUUUUGAAAUCAACAUGGAACAGACGGUAUAUCAGAACUAUCAGCGCAUCACCAUCCAGGAGAGCCCUGGUAAAGUAGCAGCUGGCCGUCUGCCGAGGUCUAAAGAUGCCAUCCUGUUGGCUGACUUGGUGGACAGCUGCAAGCCUGGAGAUGAAAUUGAGCUCACUGGCAUCUACCACAACAACUACGAUGGUUCUCUGAACAUGGCCAAUGGCUUCCCUGUGUUUGCCACUGUGAUCCUGGCCAAUCACAUUGCACGGAAGGACGAGCGUGUGGCCGUGGCUGAGCUCACUGACGAGGACGUGAAGGCCAUCGUAGCUCUUUCCAAGGAUGAGCGCAUCGGCGAGAGGAUAUUUGCCAGCAUUGGGCCUUCCAUCUAUGGCCAUGAAGAUAUUAAGAGAGCACUGGCUCUUGCACUGUUUGGUGGUGAGCCAAAGAAUCCAGGAGGGAAGCACAAAGUGCGUGGCGACAUCAACGUGCUCAUGUGUGGAGAUCCAGGUACAGCCAAGUCUCAGUUCCUGAAGUAUGUGGAGAAGGUGGCGAGCCGGGCCGUGUUUACCACAGGACAGGGCGCCUCAGCUGUGGGUCUGACGGCUUACGUGCAGAGGCACCCAGUUACCCGAGAGUGGACGCUGGAGGCUGGUGCUCUGGUGCUGGCUGACAGAGGGGUCUGUCUCAUUGACGAGUUUGACAAGAUGAAUGACCAGGACCGCACUAGUAUCCAUGAAGCUAUGGAACAGCAGAGCAUCUCUAUCUCCAAAGCAGGCAUCGUCACUUCGCUGCAGGCCCGCUGCACAGUCAUCGCUGCUGCCAACCCAAUCGGUGGGCGCUAUGACCCGUCCCUCACGUUCUCUGAAAACGUGGACCUGACUGAACCCAUCGUGUCUCGUUUUGACGUAUUAUGCGUUGUCAGAGACACUGUGGAUCCUGUGCAGGACGAGAUGCUGGCCCGCUUUGUGGUCGGCAGCCACAUCAAGCAUCAUCCCAGCAACAAAGAAGGCGGCGUGGCCGGGCUGGAGGAAGUGGUGCUACCGAAUUCGUCUGACGUGCCGCCCAUCCCUCAGGAGCUGCUCAGGAAGUACAUCAUCUACGCCAAAGAGCGUGUGCGGCCUAAACUCAAUCAGAUGGACCAGGACAAGGUGGCCCGCAUUUACAGCGACCUCCGUAAGGAGUCCAUGGCUACGGGCAGCAUCCCAAUCACGGUGCGUCACAUAGAGUCGAUGAUCCGCAUGGCAGAGUCUCAUGCACGGAUGCACCUCCGGGAUUACGUACAGGAAGACGACGUUAACAUGGCCAUCCGAGUGAUGCUGGAGAGCUUCAUAGACACGCAGAAGUUCAGCGUUAUGAAGAGCAUGAGGAAGACGUUUGCGCGGUACCUGGCCUUCAGGCGAGACAACAACGAGCUACUGCUGUUCAUCCUGAAGCAGCUGGUAGCUGAGCAGGUGGCGUAUCAGCGCAACAGAUACGGCGCACAGCAGGAUGUUAUCGAGAUUCCAGAGAAGGACUUGGUGGAUAAGGCCCGACAAAUCAACAUCCACAACUUAUCGGCAUUUUAUGACAGUGACGUGUUCCGCUCAAACAAGUUCUCCCACGACAUGAAGAAGAAGCUCAUCAUGCAGCAGUUCUAAGCCAUGUGCUGUGUUGAGUUGGACUGCGUUCAGAUACCUUUUUGAGUAUAUUCUGGAUGUGUACAUAUUUUCCUGUGCCUCCUGAAACUGUGGAAGUGGAUGUGUUCUGAUAUGGACAGAAUUGUUUGAUUAUUGAGUAACAUCAUGGCCCUUGAGGUCACUUGGUUGCUUGCUGUAAGAAAGGUGGUAUAAAUUUCUUUUUGUACUUUACCUGUUGUUGAAUGCAGAAAUGCUCUGCAUGUGUAGUUACUUGUGAAAAGAUUUGUACUGUGUUAUAAAAUA